AUGGCCGUCCUGUUACGUCGUGCUAAGUUAGCACUGCUAACUAUUGUGACUCGUCACUCGCACAGUGCGAUCCGUGGCAAUUUCCACACCCCGGGUAACGUUUUUGCUGAGGGUGUCUCCCAGAAAUUGACGUACACUGACCUUUACACUGUUUUACGUACGGGCUUUCUCAAGGACGACCCAAUAUACCAACGUUUGCAACGCGAGUCUCCGAGCACUGAUGGUGCCACUUUGUGGCGGGCGGCUAUUGAUGAGGUCGAUAACCACACCAUGGCUGGCCCCAUCGACGGCGACAGUUAUGCGACUGACUAUUUGAUUUCACGUAGAUUUCCCGUACGCCAGGUCUCCAAAACGAGGCCCUGUGACGAUUACACUGCGUCGGGUCUGAACGAUUGCCAAUACUUCGAUCGUCCCAUGGCUCUACCCACCAUUGACUUGAUUACACAGAUGUACAACGCUCUGUCGGGUUCCUGGCCUGAUGAUCUUGAUCCGCAUAUGGAGUGCUGA